AUCGUCACGCUGGUCGCCGCAUCGAUUGAUUCGCCAUCUUGUUUCUUGUACCCAAUGUCGGUAGCGUCUGUUCCAAAAUCACGAGUUUAGUGGGUUAAUCGUUUCCGGAGCCAAGUGAUUUGGGCUCGGAAUUCAACGCCAGCCAGUGGAUCGUCCAUCCCCGCCAAGAUGAGCCGGAUCUGACCGUCCCGUAAGAGAUUUCUAGGUUCAUCAAGCUCUCUACUUCUACUACUGCUACUGCAAGUGUUCCAACUGCCCCGACAAACAAAACAAAAAACUCUAAAAUCAAAGACAAUUUAACACAACCGACCAGCCAUGUCGGACUACUCUGGGAAAAAAUUGAAAGACUUGCGUGUGACUGAUUUAAAAGCCGAGCUAGAAUUGCGUGGUUUGGCCACAAGUGGCGUGAAAGCCGUUUUGGUCGAGCGACUUCAGAAGGCCCUCGAAGAUGAUGGACACGAUCACGAGAACUACGUUUUCCAAGAUCCCAAUGCCCAACCUACCGCCGAAGGACAGGAGUCGGAGUCGACCGCUAACACUGCCACCAACACCAAAGAUCAACCCAAGGACGAUGAACCCGAACACGAAGCAGGAGACAAAGUGAAAGAGACUCAAGAAAAAAAGACAGAGGAAGCGAAGGAUGCCACCAAGGAUGUGAAAGAGCCCGAGAAGGAAAAGAAAGAAAGCCAUUCCACUCCAAAGAAGCCCUCUGGCGAGUCUGUCGUUGAAAACGGUGGCACUGAGCCGACCACUCAGGAAGAGGAUUCCAUCAACUUGAUGAUUGGCGACGAGGACAUCAAUUUCGACGACGAGCCCGCCCAUGGAAGCAACAGCAACGGACCACUCAAAUCUCCGCCCAGACCCGAAACCGCUCCGGUCGUUAGGCCAUUCACCUCGAGUGACACCAUUAGUUUGGCUUCCCAUGUGGACAAGGCCUAUUCGGAGAAUAGCUCCAUGAUGGUCAAUCCGGAUGACACGGAAAACUCUGCCAAUUUGACCUGGAAUACCGACAAAAAAGAGGACACGCCAACCAAUUCAGAUGAGAAGAAAGGCACUGGCGAGCCCAAGAAAGAGCCAAGCCCAGCUAAGCCCAAUGGCAUCACCAAGAACCUUUGGGUUAGCGGAGUGACCUCCUCGACCAAAGCAGCUGAUUUGAAUAAGCUCUUCGCUGUCCAUGGAAAAGUCAUCGAGGUCAAAGUUGUGACAUCUGCUCGCAAUCCAGGUCAGAAAUGCUAUGGUUUCGUGACCAUGGACUCGUUAGAAGAUGCGAUUAAGGCCAAGAACGCACAACAUCGUGAGAAUUUCAAUGGCCAUCGGAUCUUUGUCGACUUUGCAAAUGGAGACGGAGCCGUGUUGGUCAAGAAACCCGAUCACGUGAAGCUGCACGACGACUCGUUGCAACGACGCUCAAGGGACACCACCCGAGGGAAAAGUCGGGAAAAUCGUGAUCGUUCCAGCCGUGGCUCAAGAACUCGAGAUGACCGAAGUCGGGCUGGUGGAAGUGGAACCGUCUCUAACGCCUCCCGAGACAAAGUCAAGUCCUUUGCCGAUAUCAAAGUCGAACAGCAGAGACGCGAGCGUGAGCGCGAAGCCCAAUUGGAACACAAACGCCGUGAAGAAAUCCGUAAACGCCGAGAACGUGAACGGCGCCGCAAAGAGGAUGAAGACCGGGAACGAGACCGCUUGAGAAGAGAGUUAGAGCGGCGCAGACGUCGGGAAGAGGAGGUGGCCAUUGAACGAGAGCGCGAGGCUCUGAGACGAGAGCGAGAGCGCCUGGAACGGGAAAAGCAGGAGCUGCUCAAAUUUGAGCGUGAGCGCCAGAGGUUGGAGCGAGAGAGAUUACUCCGGGAAAAGGAAGAACUUGAACGGCUUCGCCGCCAGUCUCAACGUAUGGAUGACCCUCGAAGUGGGCGUGGAACGAAGCGGCCUCUUUUGGACGAUCACCGAGAUCCGUAUUUAGAUGACCGGAAGCAUCACCGGAGUAGUCGGGACGAUUACGAGCGGUCGCGCUACGCUGACACUGGUCGAGGUGUUCUGCCCAGUACCAGUAGUUUAUACGAUAGUAGGCGAUACGAUAGUGGGAGUAGUCGAGGCCCACCUCCCAGCUCCAGUCAUUACAGUUCUCGGAUUUCCGACUCUCGGAUUUCUGACACGAGGAUCCCAGAGAGUCGUAUCUCGGACUCACGCCUCUCAGAUCGGCCCUCGUCCAGCAAUCAUCGGGGUAGUAGUGGAAGUGGCCGUUAUGGUUCAAGCAGUGGAGCAGCGCCUUGGAUCUCGGAGGGCGGUAGUGGAUCUUCGUCAUCGGUUUGGGGUCGAGGUGGUGGAAGCGGGGGGAGUGGAUCCGUCCCUCGACCCCCCGUUAUGAGCGGCAGCUCGAGCAUGUCAUCAUUGGCCCAUCCCUUCAGUGGAUCCGGUGGCAUCGCUGGAUUUGGUUCGACAAGUUCCGGAGGAGGCGCUGGAUAUGGAUCUUCCAGUGGGGGCGGUGGGAGUGGAGACCGCUUUGAUGCCUACAAGAACCCGAUGCUGGGCCAUAAGCGAUACUGAAGAUGAGGAACACGCAAUUUAUAUAACCAUUUUUCUAAUAGCGUUACUUCUGACAUGGGUGUUGAUAACGAAAGAUCAUAUUGUGUUUGGUAGCAAAUUCUGCGGAAUAUAUAUCACCCAUAUGGUCGAUCCCUCUGUUGAAAGAGGAUGCACAGGUAUUUCUCGCCCCUAAAUACCCGAAUAUAUAUUUUCCCAUCUUAAUUCAAUAGGGACAGCCCCUUCGCGCAACCACUGAAGUAGAUUUCACCUAUUCACCUCGUAUGUUCUUCGGAUUUGUUUUCUUGUCAGUUUCGAUCCCUUUCUAAAGAACUUAAAGAAAAUAAAUGAAUCAUUACCAUAUCAA